AUGCAAGCCAACUGUAGCCAAUUGCACAGUCCUCCAGGAACUGCAGGGAGUAAGGGCUCCUCAGCCUCCCAGUGUGCCCAUAUAAGAUUGACAGAAGAUUCUUGCCUUCAUUCUGGAGAUGUUUAUAUCCAGAUAAACUCCAUAGCUAAAGAAUGUGCUGAAAACACAAGCUCCAGAAAUGUAAGGUCAGGGGUCCAUAGCUGUACCCAUGGACGCAUACAUUAUCGCUUGCAGAAUCGUUCACACGGUGAAGCAAGGCAGCCAGAUGAUACUGCCACUGAGACUGGAGAACAUGGUAGUGGCUCCUUUUCAGAAUUCCACUACGUCUUCAAGUGGUUGCAAAAAAGUCAUCCAUAUAUUUUGAUUCUGGGUGUCAAAGUUGUUAUGCAACAUAUAAUAGGUAUUUCUCUUGGAACUGUGCUAACAACUUUUAUGUAUGCAAACACGAGCAUUGUAAAUCAGAUUUUUCUAAGAGAAAGGUGCUCAAAGAUUCAGUGUGCUUGGUUACUGGUAUUCUUAGCAGGAUCUUCUGUUCUUGUAUAUUACACCUUUUAUUCUCAGUCACUCUAUUACAGCUUCAUUUUUUUAAAUCCUACUUUGGACAAUUCGAAUUUCUGGGCAAUACUUUGGGUAGUUGGAAUUACAGGCUUCAUUCUGAAAUUCUUCUUCAUGGGCUUACAAUGCCUUAUUUUAUUGGUGCCUUCUCUCCUCAUGCCAUUCAAAUCCAAGGCUUACUGGUAUAUGCUUUUAGAAGAAUUAUGUCAGUGCUGUCAAACAUUCGUCCCCAAACCAGCUUGGUUUCGUUGCCUUAUAAGCUAUGGGAAGGUUGGAAAUGUAACUGGAUGGAGUCUUGGGAUAUUGCUGGCUUUACUCUACCUCAUACUACAACUUUUGGAUUUUGGGGGACAGCUGAGAAUUUUCAGACAGGUUUUAAGAGUAUUUUUUACACAACCAAGUUAUGGAGUACCUGCCAGCAAGAGGCAGUGUUCACAUGUGGAUGAUAUUUUUGCAGUAUGUCAAGCUGAAUUUCAGAAGACAAUUCUUCUCAUUUGUCAGCAUAUAUUUUGUGAAGAGUGCAUUGUCUUAUGCUUUAACAGAGAAAAAACAUGUCCACUGGGCAGAAUUGUGAUUUCAGACCAUAUAAACAAAUGGAAAAGUGGAGCCACUUUAUCACAUCUUCAAAUAUAUUAA